AUGCGUUGCUAUCAACGCAACUGGUCUAUUAUCGCAACGGCAUCUAGUGCUAUUAUUCCGAUCGCAGAAGAGUCUGGUCGUGUCCUCGCGCAUGCUGUGCCUGAAGCUCUAGCUCAACCCGGAUCGAAUGCAUUUCAUAUUAUUCCACCAUGGUUGGAAAGUUUGAUAGAAUCGGCAACACUUCCACAUUCAUCUGAUGUUGAUAGCUCGGACGAGCCUACUACUGCGCUGAGCGCUGAUCCAACCACAACACCGAGUGCGGUGCCAACUCCACAAACAACCGCUGCACCAGUUGUAGCCGCUCCGUCAAGCACUACAAGCAAGCCACCAGCUCCAAAGCCGACAACAUCCAGCAGUAGCUCGACCAGUACUUCCAGCAUAAGCCUUCCACCAGCUCCAAAGCCGACAACAUCCAGCAGUAGCUCGACCAGUACUUCCAGCAUAAGCCUUCCACCGGCUCCAAAAACGACGACCUCGACAGCGCCAUCGCCAAACAGUGCUACUAGCAAACCAAGUGCCACAUCAUUCACACCGGCUACUAAGACAUGCCCUGCGGGAUCGCGGAAAGCUGCCGAUAUCUACUGGCUCGAUGCUCAGGAUCAUAAUCAGGCUGCUGCCGGCUAUGCCCCAUACGCCGGUGGAAGUAACAUUUACCCGGUCUAUCGCAAUGUGAUGGAUUAUGGAGCUGUCAACGAUGGCUCUGGUGACCAAACACCCAAGCUGCAACAGGCCAUUGAUGACGAUGGGAACGGCGGUUCUCGCAAGGGCAAGGGUACCACUAGAUACCCGGCUGAAGUUUACCUUCCCGGCGGUACAUACACCCUUGGAAGCACUCUGACCUUGACUGUCGGAACUAUCAUCGUCGGCGACCCUCAGAAUCCCCCUGUCCUCAAAGCGGCACCUAACUUCAAGGGCCAAUUCCUGGUUAUGGGGUAUGACAAGAACAAUGGGAACCCUGAGACCAGCUUCAUGAUUUUGGUCAAGAAUGUUAUUCUGGAUACCACUGCUGUUGCACCUCAUACCAAGAUCACCGCACUACAAUGGGGAGUCGCUCAGGGAUCGGGACUGACGAAUGUUCAAGUUCACAUGCCAACCAACUCUAGAGGGCACACUGGUAUUGACAUUGCUGCUGGUUCUACCAUCGCAGUGACCGAUGUGAGGGUAGUUGGUGGCGCGACCGGUAUUAUCAAUUCGAACCAGCAAGUCAACUUCAAGAACAUCCAGUUCGUCGGAUGUGGUACUGCCUUCUUUGCUAAAGGCGGAUGGACGGUUCUCCUUCAGAAUGCCCUUUUCGAGUCCUGCGGCACAGGCAUCAAUAUGACAACCAAUGGUCUGGGAAGCCUAGUACUUCUCGACUCCACCGUGAAGAACUCCGGUCCAGUCAUUAGAUUCCACGAUUCAUCUCACGACACUGGGAAUCAGAACAGCCAAUUGCUCAUUCAAAACUUGGUGCAUGACGGAAACAACCCCAUCGCCGUAGACACUGAUGGAAAGACCCGCUUGGCCGCCACCUCUCACAUCGAUACCUGGCUAUGGGGUACUCUUGUUGAAGGAGAAUAUGAACAGGGGGCUACGCACAAAACUCAACGACCUGGCAAUCUACUUGUCAAUGAUAAAUUUUUCACCAAGGCUCAGCCCACUUAUACCGAGUACGGCACUGCAGAUGUGGUAAACGUCAAAUCGGUUUCUGGAUUCUCAGUCAAGGGCGAUGGUCUCACAGAUGAAACUGCUUCGCUCAAUGCCAUUCUCAAGCAAAAUGCCGAGAACUGCAAGAUCACUUAUAUCCCCUAUGGUGUAUACAGAGUCUCUGAUACUAUCUUUGUCCCAGUCGGUACCCGUAUUGUCGGUGAGGCUUGGUCUGUGAUCUCCGCAUAUGGUGACGCCUUUAAGGACGCCAAGAACCCAAAGGCUGUGGUGAAGUUGGGUAACCCAGGCGAUGUCGGUCUCAUAGAGAUUCAGGACAUGCGAUUCUCCGUCGGCGAGAUCCUUCCCGGAGCCAAGAUACUUGAGAUCAAUGCCGCAGGCCAGCAGCCCGGGGAUGUCGGAUUGUGGAAUACCAACGUGAUGGUGGGAGGCACAGCUGAAACCAGCAUCUCCAACCUCUGCACAUCCCAAGAUCCCAAGGACUGUAUGGCGGCAUUCAUGGUCAUGCAUCUCACCGAGUCCUCUUCGGCCUAUAUUGAGAACUUCUGGGGUUGGACCGCAGACCACAACCUUGACAGCACUUCGCUCCUCACAAUCGUUUCUACCGGCCGCGGCAUCCUAGUCGAAUCAACAAAGGGCACCUGGCUAACUGGAAGCGGCUCGGAACACCACUGGCUGUACGAUUAUAACUUCAACAACGCAGCCAACGUAUUUGCAGGCCUCCUGCAAAGCGAAACUCCUUAUAUGCAAGGCUCCGGAGAAUAUGAGAACGCACCAGCACCAUGGACGGCAGACCCCAAGUUCGGUGAUCCGGAUUUCACAUGGUGUGCCGCUAAGGAUCAGAAGUGCCGAACUUCCAUCGCGACGAACAUCGAGGGCGGUUCCAAUAUCGCAUUGUACAACUCGGCCGCCUGGGCGUUCUUCGACGGCUAUUGGAACGGGCUUUAUAAUGAGCCGUGCAGCGGAAAAUGUCAGACGAAUAUGAUGCGUGUUGCGGGUGCACCACAGAACCUCGUGUGGUAUUCCAUUAGCACGCGCCAGACCGAUGUGAUGAUAUUAGAUGGGAAGACUAAUCCGCGUGAAGAUUCUUACCCUGGUGGGUGGGAAGGCACUAUUCAGGCGUAUGCGGAGUUUUCUAACUAA